UGCCUCUCCUCCCUCCAAGCCCAGCUGCCGUCCUGCGCCUCCGUGUGCGGUGUGACAGCUCCUGGACCGGCCCCGCGCGCGCGCGCUUCGUGCCUCGGGGACGCCGCCGCCGGCCAGAUGGAGUUCACGUCGUCCUACUUCCACGCGUUCGGCAAUCCGGACUUCGCGGCGGUGUUCUCCGGCGGCAGCGGCGGCGGCGGCGGCGGCAGCGCGCAGGCCCACCGGCCGCGUCGCUCCACGGACGGCGGCGCCGGGGCGGCGGAGGAGGGCGGCAGCCCCGCCUCGACGAGGCGCGCGCCGUCCAUGUUCUGCGUCCCCGACACGGAGGCCGAGGAGCCCAACCGCUUCCUGGACGAGUGCGCCCUCUGCCGCAAGGCGCUCUGCGGCGACAUCUUCAUGUACAGAGGGGACACGCCGUUCUGCAGCGACGAGUGCAGGAGGGAGCAGAUCGAGACGGACCGCGUGAGGCACCGGAGGAAGAAGCAGCACUCCCUCAUGCUGGCGCAGCAGCAGGCGGCGGCGGCGGCGAUGGCGCAGAGGGACCACCGUCCCCAGCGGCAGCUCCAGCCACAGCACUAGACGGAGGAACCACACCACACGCCGGUUCCGGGCACACUCGAUCGUCCCCCACGUACCCAAGGAUGACGAAUGAAUUCUUGCACAUUCCUAGCAGUACCAGACAAGGAUUCUCCCCCCUCGUAAGGACCAAGUAGCCACGACCCCCUUGUUUCCGUCUGCAUGAAUCCGACGCGAAACGAAAGGUAGCGGAGGUUUUUCUGUGUCCUGCAAUGCAAUCACAACGAGCAAUUCAAAAGCAUCGCUCGUUUUUGUGUC